AUGGACGCCGAAUGCCGCGUCAAGGCGUACCGAUUCGUCGCCUACUCGGCCGUCACCUUCUCCGUCGUUGCCGUCGUCUCCGUAAGUUCUUUCUUUCGAGUUAAUACCCCUCUAAUAUCUCAAUCAAAUCGUUUCUUCUAAUCUAGUUAUGUUAUAACGCAUUCCUAAAAAGCUUGCAAGUGUCUGAUUUCUCGGCGUCCUCUUUUCUCUCAAUUCCUUUUUGAGCUUCUUAGGAACGCCAAAGUGGUCCCUUUAAGGGUUAGGGAAAAAAGCUUUUAAAUCGCCUUUUUGUUGACAAAUUCAGGCGGUCCCUAUAGGGGUUUAGGGUUUGACCUGAAGUUUAAUUGGUCCCUAUAGGGUUUUUAAAUUUUUUCUUUCAGAGUUGAACAUAGACAAAAUUGAUCAAUUUGUCCUCUGUUGAUAUUUUCCAUUCAAACAAAGCUAAUUUAUUGAGCUUUCCGCAUAGCUUCUUUUCCUAGAAAUUUAAUAAUCGACUAGCAUCCCAUUAAGGGACCACUCUGGAGUUUCUAACCCUGUAUUCCUUUUUCUAUUACCUUGACGUCAAGGAAAAGAUAUUGCAGACCGGUUAGAUUUUCUUGAAAAAAAACAUUGAAAAUAAAUAUGGAAUAAUGAAGAGUAACUUUUUUUGGCCGCAUGUGGAAUGGCUAGGUUAGAGCUUCAAAGAAGUUUUAUCCAAACGACUAUUUAUCCCAUUUUUACUUUUUUUUUAAACUUUCAGCUCCCCACUACUAAUUUUCAUUAAUUUGACUUAUUUUACAACUAAAUUUGGCCACCUUUGAUCAUUUUUUGCUAGACUUCUUUCCAAAAUUGCAUCAGAAACCUACUUCGGUCAAUUUUCGAGUUCAAAUCGGGCUUCGUCGAUUAAUUUCACUUUUUUCAUCUGAUUCAUCAAAUUGAGUCGUACCACACUGAUAAUUUCUUAUUUAUUGAUUACUUUCCUAUUUUUUCUUCUCUGAUAGAUACCAGAACAGUUUUAAUUUUUAAAUUUCAUGAGAAACAUAAAACUAACCAUGGAACUUCCAGGUCUGCGUCACUCUGCCGAUGGUCUACAACUACGUCGGUAACGUCAAACGCCAAGUCAACACUGACAUCCGAUUCUGCAAGGUAAUCAGUCGUUCUCUUUCAAUCAUGAUCCAAAAAUGGGGUUUUCAAUUAGAAAUAGACAAAUCAAAAUUAAUUUAGACGGAGUAUAGCAAAACACUUUAAUGAUUUUCCCUCCAUCGCUUUUCGUCCCAAGGCCGCUUUCUCGGAGUUUCAACUAAUCCUUCAACAUUUCAGACAAGUUGGAGAUCAAGAAAGAUCUGGUCAUGUUAACCUUCAAACCUUUUUUUAUUCAAAGUAAAUCUGACGCUUAUUUUCGCCGUGCUCCACUGGCAAAUGGAGCAUGGCUUAAAACGCAAAAAAAAAAUCCAAUUUUGUUCUGUAGCAUUGUUUGCCUGUUGGAACAUCUUUUUACCGAUGAACAGUAAACUAAAAUCUAUUCUCUCUUCCAGAACUCGGCGAAGGAAAUCCUCAAGGACAUGACCUAUCUCAACACAUUGCCAGCGGCCAACAGAACCGCUCGUCAGGCCGGCUACGGCGGCGAGGCAGUCACCGGCGGCAGUGCCGAAUCCUGCGACGGCUGCUGUCUUCCAGGUCCAGCGGGUCCAGCCGGAACCCCAGGAAAGCCUGGUCGCCCAGGAAAGCCAGGAGCCGCCGGUCUGCCAGGCAAUCCAGGACGUCCACCACAGGCUCCAUGCGAGCCGAUCACGCCUCCUCCAUGCAAACCAUGUCCCGAAGGACCAGCCGGCCCGCCAGGAGCUCCAGGAGCACCAGGAGACGCCGGACCAGACGGUCAGCCAGGAGCGCCCGGCAACGACGGCUCACCCGGUGAGCCAGGACCGAAAGGAGCGCCAGGACCUGACGGCAACCCCGGAGCCCCAGGAGAGCCAGGACAGCCCGGAGAAGACGCGCCGAACGAGGAGAUCACUCCAGGAGAGCCUGGACCGGAAGGACCUCAAGGACCUCAAGGACCACCAGGACAGCCAGGAGCUCCAGGAGCCGACGGAGCGCCAGGACAGCCGGGUGAAAAGGGACCAGCCGGUGCGGACGGACAGCCUGGACCCGACGGAAACCCAGGACCUCCAGGUGAGGCCGGUCAGGCUGGAGCCGCCGGCGAGAAGGGAAUCUGUCCCAAGUACUGCGCCAUCGACGGCGGAAUCUUCUUCGAAGACGGCACCCGACGUCGUUAA